AUGUCGUGGACAUCCCUGAUUUUGCAUUCAACUUGGAUUGUGUUAUUUCUCAUAAAGCUGGUUGUGGCCAAAGACGAAUGCUAUACAAAUGCAGACUGUUAUAAUAAUUUCAAACAAUUACGUAUCGUGUGUUGUAAAGACGCUCGUGACGUCGACAGAUAUUGUCAGCCUUACAACUGCGAAGGUCGAUACUGUUUGACACAUGGGGAUUGUGGUGGCGAAGGAGCAUGCUGUAUGAAUAACAAAUGUACUAAUUCCCAGGACUGUCCGCGAUGUAAUUCGAGUUCUGACUGUGCUGUUUCCGAGUAUUGCUGUAUGCGAGGACAAGGGAAUGUUUGUCGAAGAAGUUGUGUCGGAGAAAGAUGUGAUGAGAAUAGUGAUUGCACGGGUCCUAAGGAGUAUUGCGACUCGAAUAAUGUAUGUGCAAAAUCAACCAGUUCAACAAAAACCUCAGAGCAUUCCCCAAAGCAAACCACUACAUCAACUCUUCCCGGCUGGGUGAUUGGAUUUAUCGUUACUGGAAUAGUGCUUGCUAUUUUCGGCGCUAUACUAUGUUAUUUGUGGUAUCGUAUUCGUAAAAUGAAAUCACGACGUGAGGUGCAAAACGAUCAAGGAGUAUUCGAGGCAGCCCAAGUGGAAAACACAGGACAAAUUAGUACACGUCCCCCACAAACACUCCCUCACACACAACCGGAUGCAGCAAGUACAGGAUUGGCAACACAACGCUCUAAUUCCUCCUAUGAUGGCCAUGCAGCCAAUGACCUUAAUACCUCACAACAUGCACAACGUAUGGCGAAUCGUAAUGUCCAAGCCAAUUUUAAUAUUCAUCUGGCUGGCGACGAAUCCAACCGGCAGGCUUAUUGAUGCACAAGACCUCGAAUUUCUAGGAGGGUCCGGGGGAAUCCUCCCCAGGAAAUUUUGAAAUCUAGGACCUCGGAAAUGCGAUUUCCUGCGUUCUGGGCGCACCAAAAUCAUAAAAAUAUUUCCUGCAUUUUUGGAAAGAUAUGUAAAAAAAUUGGACCUAUAUCGCAAAAACAACAUAAUUAUUCCAUAUAAGAAUAAAUUUAGCUUUGUAAUAGUGGCAGCGGCAAUAGGGCUCUAUUCCAAAACAGUACUGUGCUUCCUUCUAGGUAAUUAAAAAAAAUCACGACAACGCAAAUACACCCAUAUACAGAGAAACAAAAGUUAACAGUGCGUUCCACUAUAUAGUAGCAUUUCUGGCAGCGUAGCUUCAUUUUUAUAACCCGAUGACCCUUCCACUUGGAUUUCCAUUGUCAUCACCAUCACCAUAGAGAGUAUAGAGAAUCAAAGGCAGUAAAGACUGUAUUUUCCAAUUGAAAGGAAUAUGUUUCUUUGACAUCUGGAUGGAAAGCAUGCAUCAUAUACAGUAUGAAUUCUCUGUGAUAGAAGAGCUCAUUGCUAGUCAACCUCCUAUAGCACGUCACAUAUAUUUAUAGAUGUUCCAUCACCUCUAGUUAUAUACCGUAUAAUUAGUCAUAAAGAUAAAAAUUACCUCUAUGAAAAAAUUAUAUUAUACACUAAGAAAAAAAAUUACCUGUAAUGGAUUGCAUAUUUUCAUAAUACAGUACUAUAUAAAAUAUUCAGAAGACAGUCUGUGUUAUUAUACGCUGUUUUACCUUCCCUUAUGAAUUCCCAAUACUUUCCCAUUCAAUGAGUAAAUCAUCUAGCAUUGGAAAAUUUAAAGUAAAUAAAAUAUGGUCCAUAAAAGCACCUUGUUCUUAGAAUAUUCGUGAAUAUAGUAAGACAUUAUUCAUACAACAAAUUGAGAAAUGUAGAGGAUCCAUAGAAAAUAACGUAAAAGCAUGCAUGCAGAUUAAAGGAUUAAGCUUAGAAAACCAAAAGCAAUGAAAAUAAUUGUGGCUCAGCAACAUUAAAACUGCAGAAGUUUAAAUGGUAGCAUAUGUGUGUUAAGUAAAUAGUGUUUUAAGUAAAUAGUACAUAAUUGCUAUAAAUCAGGUCUCCCACAGUUAACUAACAGUACCUGCAUUGAAAAGAUACGUCAUGGGAGAAAAUUUAUGCGAAAUUUGUCAAUGUUGUAGCAAAGUGAAACUGCUGUGUAUAUAAGCGGUUUAAGCACCAUUUUUAUAUAGAUUUUUAUUCUAUCUACGUACAUCGUGUUCAGUCUGUCAUAAAAUGUCGAGGACAUCCCUGAUUUUGCUCUUACCAUGCAUGAUAGUGUUAUUUCUCAUCAAGCUGGUUGUGGCCAAAGACGAAUCUAUACAAAUGCGGACUGUUAUAAUGAUUUCCUACAAUAAUCUACCGUGUGUUGUAAAAACGCUCGUGACGUCGACAGAUAUUGUCAGCCUUACAACUGCGAAGGUCGAUACUGUUUGACACACGGGGAUUGUGGUGGCGAAGGCGCAUGCUGUAUGAAUAACAAAUGUACUAAUUCCCAGGACUGUCCGCGAUGUAAUUCAAGUUCUGACUGCGCUGUUUCAGAGUAUUGCUGUAUGCGAGCACAAGGGAAUGUUUGUCGAAGGAGUUGUGUCGGAGAAAGAUGUGAUGAGAAUAGUGAUUGCACGGGUCCUAAAGAGUAUUGCGACUCGGAUAAUGUAUGUGCAAAAUCAACCAGUUCAACAACAACCACCAAGAAAACACCAGAGCAAAAACCAAAACAAACACCAGAGCAAAUCCCAACACAAACACCAGAGCAAAUCCCAAAACAAACUCCAGACCAAAUCCCUGACCAGAAUGCACCAACCCAGAAAAUGAAUUCGUGUACGAGUACGGCUCCCUUUCCACCUUAUGCGAUUGUAUUUAUAACACUGUUAGCUAUCAUCGUCCUUAUACUGGGGUAUUUGUUAUACGAUCGUUUGUAG